UUAAGUACAUGAAGGAGGUUUCACCAUAUUUCAAGAAUUCUGCUGGUGGGACCUCAGUCAGCUGGGACUCACCUCCUUCCUCACCUCUUCAGCCGCAGCCUUCUUCCCCUGGUCCCCAACCCAGGAACCUCGGUGAGGCUAAACACAUAUCCUUGAAGAUGGCAUACGUUUCAAAGAGGUGCACUCCCACUGACCUGGAGCCCAGGUAUCUGGAGAUCUGUGCAGCAGAUGGCCAGGACGCCCUCUUCUUGAGGGCCAAGGAUGAGGCCAGCGCAAGGUCAUGGGCAGGUGCCAUCCAAGCCCAGAUCAGCACUUUCAUACCUUGGGUCAAGGACGAGUUGCAGGCACUUCUGGCAGCCACAGGCACAGCUGGGAGCCAGGACAUCAAGCAGAUUGGCUGGCUGACAGAACAGCUGCCCAGUGGAGGUAUGGUCCCGACCCUGGCCCUGCUGACCGAGAAGGAGCUGCUCCUCUAUUGCUCUCUCCCCCAGAAUCGAGAAGCCCUGAGCCGGCCAGCCCGUACCGCGCCACUUAUUGCCACCAGGCUGGUACACUCAGGCCCCUCCAAGGGCUUAGUGCCCUAUGAUGCAGAACUCUCCUUUGCCUUGCGCACGGGCACACGUCAUGGUGUGGACACUCACCUGUUUAGUGUGGAGUCACCUCAGGAGCUGGCAGCCUGGACCCGACAGCUGGUGGAUGGUUGUCACCGGGCUGCGGAGGGUGUGCAAGAAGUGUCUACAGCCUGCACAUGGAAUGGCCGUCCCUGCAGCCUCUCUGUGCACAUUGACAAGGGCUUCACACUGUGGGCAGCUGAACCAGGAGCAACCCGUGCUGUGCUGCUCCGACAGCCCUUCGAGAAGCUGCAGAUGUCCUCGGAUGAUGGCUCUAGUCUCCUCUUCUUGGACUUUGGGGGUGCCGAAGGCGAGAUUCAGCUGGACCUUCACUCCUGUCCCAAAACCACGGUCUUCAUCAUUCACUCCUUCCUCUCGGCCAAGGUCACCCGCCUGGGGCUCUUGGCCUAGAAGUUGCCAGAUGCACUAGCCCUGAAGAGGAUGGUUCACCCCAUGGCCUCACCUGUCCCUCUGCUGACUGCCUGCUCACUCACAGGCGAGGGAAGGGAGAGGAGAGGAACAAGGACCUCACAGACCCAGCCCAAGGGAGGCUGGCUAGGUCUUGGAGAGCAGAAUUCAGACCUGGGACACAGUGGGUCUGGCCUGUGAUGGGGUAGCCUUCCUGCUGCCCACCUCCACCAGUGCCUUUUGCAGAGAGAUAUUUUGUGUAUGCAGAAGCCAUUCCUAGCCUGGGACCUGCCCCUGUGGGGAUCCCCAGUCAACAACAGAGCUGCCAGGCCUCCUAGAGGCCCCUAAGCCACCCUGGAGAUCUCCUCUGCAGCUGGAGUCUCCUGGAUUAGUGGCAAGAGAAAGAAGAGGAGUCUUUCUGUUCAUGUUUCCCCUCAGCCCCACAACCAUGGGGUGUCUGGUUUUUCUCUUCAUCCUCUCUCUCCUCCUUCCUCUUGGAUAAUAAAUAGCCUGUGAGCACAUAGGCAGCCUGA